AUCACCACAAUAAGAGGAUAGAAAUUAGAAAGAAUCCAAAUUCCAACCAAUUUCAAGCUGCAGCUGAGAGAGAGACCUAGCCAUGGAUGGCAUGGAUCAUGGGAUGGCAUCACCACCGUCAUCCAUGAACAUGAACAACAACACUGGGAUGAUAAUGACGAUGCACAUGACCUUCUUCUGGGGCAAAAACUCUCAGAUUCUCUUCUCAGGUUGGCCUGGAACAAGCUCUGGGAUGUAUGCGUUAGCCUUGAUCUUUGUUUUCGUUCUGGCUGUCCUUGUUGAGUGGCUCUCUCAUUGCAGAUUGAUCAAACCUGAAUCCAACCAUGUGGUCGCCGGUUUUAUUCAGACUUCCUUGCACACUAUGAGGGUUGGUCUUGCUUACUUGGUGAUGCUGGCGGUCAUGUCUUUUAACGGAGGCGUGUUCUUGAUUGCUGUGGUUGGACAUACUUUGGGUUUUUUGCUUUUUGGCAGUCGAUUAUUCAAAAAAUCAACUCCUCCUUCUAAAACCUCUGAUCUUCCUCCUUGCUGAUGAUGGAAGAAAUUAAUUAAUACAGUCAAGUUUUAUAUCACAUCACUGGUUCUCUGGAAUUUGGAUGUGCAGUUUUCUUCUGGGCUUUAUUUGUUUUUCUUUGUACUGUUCUUACUUUUCUGUACAAAUUAAAAAUGAAAUGGUGUGAUUGUUGAUAGCUUCCAGUUUGAUGCCUUAAAUUACUGUGAACCAGUUGUAAGAACAUAAAAUAAUCCAGUAUCUGUAUUCUUGGUUAUGCAUAUAACUUCCAUUUUUAUGUA